CGGUCUUCUCAUAGACUGCUUCAACUACUUUGAAAUCCACAAUCACCACCGUCUUUUUAGCCCUUUGCCGCCUCCCUACCCCACUCCCACUCUCUCAUGCAUUGCUCUCUGGCUCUCUUCUUUCUCUCUCUAAAUGUGAGGAGGGGGGAAGAAGAGGAGGGAGCUCGAUCCUCGGUUCUGUGGAUAUCUCCUUCGAGAUUUUUUUCGAAUGCGUGUUCUUGGACUUGGUAGUCUUCUUCUUCUUCUUCUAUCAUCAGUAGUACUGGAUCUCGAGAUCCAGGUAGCAUUGAUUUCUCAAAAACUUUUAGGGGAGCCAAUUUUUUCAGAAAAGCAGUGGGCAAGCCAAAGGUCCCAAAAUGGAUCAGUAUGAGGUUUUGGAGCAGAUAGGGAAGGGAGCAUUCGGUUCAGCUCUACUAGUGAGGCAUAAAGUUGAGAAAAAGAGGUAUGUCUUGAAGAAGAUCCGGCUUGCCCGCCAGACUGAUAGAUGCCGCAGGUCUGCUCACCAAGAAAUGGAGCUUAUUUCUAAAGUACGGAACCCAUUUAUUGUGGAGUACAAAGAUUCCUGGGUCGAGAAGGGAUGUUAUGUGUGCAUUAUAAUCGGUUAUUGCGAGGGAGGGGACAUGGCAGAAGCGAUAAAGAAGGCUAAUGGAAGACAUUUCCCUGAAGAGAAGCUUUGCAAGUGGCUUGUGCAGCUCCUUAUGGCACUCGAUUACUUGCAUGUGAACCAUAUUCUUCAUCGUGAUGUAAAGUGUUCAAAUAUUUUUCUUACAAAAGAUCAAAACAUACGGCUUGGUGACUUUGGGCUUGCUAAAAUGUUAACCUCGGAUGAUCUAGCUUGCUCAGUUGUGGGAACUCCAAGCUACAUGUGCCCAGAACUUCUUGCUGAUAUACCUUAUGGUUCUAAAUCUGAUAUCUGGUCUCUAGGGUGCUGUAUAUAUGAGAUGACUGCUCUGAAGCCUGCAUUUAAAGCUUUUGAUAUGCAAGCUCUUAUAAACAAAAUUAACAAGUCCAUGGUGGCCCCUCUACCGAGUACAUACUCUGGUGCAUUUAGGGGACUCAUCAAAAGCAUGCUGCGUAAGAGCCCAGAACACAGGCCAAAUGCUGCAGAACUGCUCAGGCACCCACACCUUCAGCCUUAUGUGCUUCAAGUCCAUUUAAAGACUAGCCCUACUAGCAAUAUGCUUCUUAUUGAACAUCCUGCAAGGAAUCAUCUAAAGAAAAUUAGAUUUCCUGACGAGGAAGAUGGUUCUGUGUGCAAGGACAAGGAGAAAAGGCAAUCUUUUGGCAAUGAGAGGAUCUUAAAACUGAACAAACCUGCAGCUGAACGGAACUCUAUUAGUUCUACACAAAGCAUUAAUGACUAUCCAAAUUAUCUAAACCAAAGGAUAAAAGAAUUCUCUGAUGGCAGCAAUCAAGUUGGAGAGAUUGGUGUUGAUAAAGCAAUCAAUACAAAGCUGCCGAACACCACGAAGACCCCUAGAUAUACUCCUGCCAAAACCUUCACAACUCCAAGGAAGCGAAUGGAGCCAUCAAAAGCGUUGCAUGCUGGACCAAAUCGUGAUGUGCUCAAGGCAUUGCAAACUCCAGCAGAUAGAGCAUCUCGACCUUCUAGAAGAGCAUCUCUGCCUUUGCCUACAUUUGGAACUCCCCAUCGGCGUAAUAUCAGCAUUCUUCACCGCAUGGAUUCUCCUGAUGUUUCUGUCAAUGCACCUAGAAUUGAUAGAAUUGCUGAGUUCCCAUUAGCCUCCUCUGAAGAUCCCUUGUUCUCCAUCCAUAAACUCUCACCAGCUCAAGGCUCUUCUUCCGCUUGCCCUCAUUAUGGUGACUGUUCCAUCACAAAGGAUAAAUGCACCAUCCAAAUCUUCCGGCCAGAAGCAGACAAUGGGAGCGAUUUGUCGGACCGAAAUCCAACAGCUGUGGAUGCUUCAAGCCGGGGAUCAUCAGAAUCAAGGCAGAGGAGAUUCGACACCUCGUCAUACCAGCAGCGGGCAGAGGCCUUAGAAGGAUUGCUUGAGUUCAGUGCACAGUUGUUACAGCAGGAAAGAUUUGACGAGUUGGCAGUGCUCUUGAAGCCAUUUGGUCCUGAAAAGGUCUCUCCGAGAGAGACAGCUAUAUGGCUGGCAAAGAGCUUCAAAGAAACAGCUUUAUAAUACAAAGGACUUUGGCCUGCUGCCUGCUGCUCUUAAACCAAAGUGUGGUGCUUACAUACCACAUUGUUAACACUAGGUGUCUCUGGACCUUUUCAUCAGUUUUGUGAUGUGAAGUAGCUGGAGAGGCUGACAAUGUAGAAUGAAGUUGGAAGUAGAUUUUCUUCAACAUCAUACUUAGUAGGUUGCAGUGAUUUCCUUGUUAUUCUAGUCCCAUCUCCCUCUUUUCUUGUGUACAAAGAUCUCCAGUUUGUUUUGAGUUUAGAGAAUAUACAGGUGCAGAUGCUGUGGAAUAUUAUCAGACCUACAAUUACUAAAUCUUUUUUUUUUCAUCUUUUUCUUGUAGCCGCACCAAAACCUAGUGAGUUGGUGCUAAUUGAUAAAUUUUGGUUAGUGUCA